AUGGCCGACGUCGACGACAAGGCCAAGGCCGAGAAGCUCGCCGCGGCGAGGAAGAAGGUCGAGGAGAUGAAGAAGAAAAAGGCCAAGAAGGCCGGAGGCUCAGGCAAGAAGGACGACAAGGCAAAGACCAAGGACAAGGAUAGGAAAGACGAAGAAACCACCGAAGCCGCAGAGGAUAAGGAAAAGGAGGAAAGCAAAGAACAGGAGGCUGCUGAGUCCUCCAAGGGCGACGCGAAGCCGGCCGCAGAAGAGGACAACCCCGCCGAAACCAAGGAAGACGACGCCUUGUCCCCUUCAGAGUCCUCGCCCCCUUCGCUCGCGGCACAGUCCAAGAUGCGAUCGACCUCGUUCCGCCAGGCUUCGGUGUCAGGUCCCGUGGCCGCCAACCUGCAAGGUCCGCUGAGCCCGAGCAGCGAGACGGCUCCCGACAUCUACCGCAAGCACGUCGCCCGGAUAGAAGAGCUGGAGAAGGAGAACAAGAGGCUGGCAAAGGAGGUGGCCGACGCCGAGAAAAGAUGGCAGAAGGCUGAAGAGGAGCUGGCCGACAUCAGGGAGGGCGAGGGCGACUCGGACAAGAAGGGAGGCAACAAGGAGGUCGAGAAGCUCCAGGCCGAGAUUGCAGGCCUGCAACGCCAGAACGCGCAGCUCCAGGCCCGUAGCAAUGCCAGGCAUGGCUCGUCUCCCUCGAUCAGCAUGUCUUCUCCGCCCUCGUCGGAGCUAGAGGCACAGCUCCAGUCCAAGUCAUCGACGAUCGAGACCAUGGAGCUCGAGAUGUCGCGCUUGCGCGCCCAGGUCGAGCGUCUGUCUGUGUCGGCUACGACCUCUGAUUCGUCUGAGCAGGUGGCUGCCCUUGAAGACAAGCUGGCCCGUGCCGAGAAGGCAGCAGGUACAGCCCAGCGCGAACUUGCCGACCUCAAGCGCAACCUGGACCGCACGUCUGAGAAGGCCGUCCGCGAGGGGAGCGAGCGGGCCAGCGCGGAGACGAAGCUGCGGACCCUCGAGCGCGAGGCCGAGGAGCUGCGCACAGAGCGCGACGAGGCCCUACGCAAGGUCGAGGCGCUCGACAAGAAGAUCACCACGCUCACGACCCUGCACAAGGAGCAGGACUCGCGCGCCCAGGCCCUCCGGAAGGACAAGGAGCGCCUCGAGAAGGAGGCCGCGGACCUCAAGGCCAAGCUCGACAAGGCCGAGGCCGAGCUCAAGAAGCUGCGCAAGAAGGAGGCGCACGACGGCGGCGGCACCGACAACGACCACCUCGACGAGCUCGAGGACGAGGAGCGCCAGCGCCUGGAGAAGCGGGUGCGCGACCUCGAGGCCGAGAACUCGGACCUGCGCCGGGGCAUCUGGCACGACAAGCGCAAGGAGCUGCAGGUCGGCCCCGACGACGUCAGCCCCGCCGGCGGCCGCUUCACCGAUGUGGACCUGGGCAGCUCCCUGCACGGCGGCGGCGGCGGCGGCGGGCCGCCGGUCACGCCCUCGCACAAGAAGAGCGCCACGGGCGGCGGCAUCGGCGACUUCUUCUCGGCGCUGACGGGCGCCGACCACCACCACCACCACCAGCAGCAGCACGACGACGGCUUCCUCGACGACGACGACGACAUGGAGUUUGACGAGGAGGCGUUCAAGCGGGCGCAGGAGGAGGAAGGGCGCAAGCGCAUCGAGCGGAUCAAGGAGGUCAAGAGGGGGCUCAAGAACUGGGAGGGCUGGAGGCUGGAUCUCGUCGAGAGCCGGCAGGGCGGCGGCGAGGGCAUUGGGGAGGUGUUUGAGGUUUAA